AGCAUGGGGACCCGCGGCGCGGAGCUGCUGUGCGCCGCCGCGCUGCUCCUGGCUGCGGCGGGGGCUGCAGCCCAAGACAAAUGCAGCCGGAAUGAGUUUCAGUGCCGGGAUGGGAAAUGCAUCUCCAGAGGGUGGAUUUGUGAUGGCCGCCCCGAGUGUCCUGACGGCUCCGAUGAAUCCCAGGAGACCUGCACAUCUAUCACCUGCAAAGCCAGUGACUUCAAUUGCGGAGGCCUUGUCAACCACUGCAUCCCUCAGUCCUGGAGAUGUGACGGCCAGAAGGACUGCGAGAAUGGCUCGGAUGAGCAGGGCUGCGCGCCCAGGACCUGCGCGGCCGAGGAGUUCCGCUGCCCCGACGGCAGGUGCAUCUCGCGGCGCUUCGUGUGCGACCGGGACCGGGACUGCGCGGACGGCGCGGACGAGCGCGCGUGCCCGGCGCCCACCUGCGGGCCCGCGCACUUCCGCUGCAACUCGUCGGCCUGCAUCCCGGAGCUGUGGGCCUGCGACCGGGACCCGGACUGCGACGACGGCUCGGACGAGUGGCCGCAGCACUGCGGGGCGGCGGCGGGCGGCGCGCGGGGCCCGUGCGCGGCGCUCGAGUUCCACUGCGCCAGCGGCGAGUGCGUGCACAUCAGCUGGCGCUGCGACGGCGGCGCCGACUGCCGCGACCGGUCGGACGAGGACGGCUGCGCUGUGACCACCUGCCGGCCUGACGAGUUCCGGUGCUCGGAUGGGACCUGUAUCCACGGCAGCCGCCAGUGUGACCGGGAGCAUGACUGCAGGGACAUGAGCGACGAGCUGGGCUGCGCCAACGUGACGCUGUGCGAAGGUCCCAACAAGUUCAAGUGCCACAGCGGCGAGUGCAUCAGCAUGGACAAAGUGUGCGACUCGGCCAGGGACUGCCGGGACUGGUCCGACGAGCCCAUCAAGGAGUGCAGGACUAACGAGUGUGCGGACAACAAUGGGGGCUGUUCUCAUGACUGCCGGGACCUCAAGAUCGGCCACCAGUGCCUGUGUCCUGACGGCUUCCGGCUCGUGGAGCAGCGCAGAUGUGAAGAUAUUGAUGAGUGUCAGGAGCCGGACAUGUGCAGCCAGCGAUGUGUGAACCUGGAGGGCAGCUACAAAUGCGAGUGCGAGACAGGCUUCCAGAUGGACCCCCGCACCAAAACCUGCAAGGCCGUGGGCUCCAUCGCCUACCUGUUCUUCACCAACCGUCAUGAGGUGAGGAUGAUGGCGCUGGACUACAGCGAGUACAUCAGCCUCAUCCCCAACUUGAAGAACGUGGUCGCUCUGGACACCGAGGUGGCCAACAACAGAAUUUACUGGUCUGACAUCUCCCAAAAGAAGAUCUACAGCACCCAGAUCGACCACGCCCCCAGCGCGUCCUACGACACCAUCAUCAACACGGACCUCAAGGCCCCGGAUGGACUGGCUGUGGACUGGAUCCACGGCCACAUCUACUGGACCGAUUCCAUCCUGGGCACCGUGUCCGUGGCCGACACCAGGGGCACCAAGAGGAAGACGCUGGUGCAGAAGAGCGGCUCCAAGCCGCGGGCCAUCGUGGUGGACCCGGUGCACGGCUUUAUGUACUGGACAGACUGGGGCACCCCGGCCAAGAUCGAGAAAGGAGGCCUGAACGGCGUGGAUGUGUACUCGCUGGUGACAGAAAACAUCCAGUGGCCCAAUGGCAUCACACUGGAUCUUGCCAGUGGCCGCCUCUACUGGGUUGAUUCCAAACUCCAUUCCAUCUCCAGCAUCGACGUCAAUGGAGGUAAUCGAAAGGUCAUCUUAGAAGAUGAGAAGCAACUGGCUCACCCCUUCUCCUUGGCCAUCUUUGAGGAAAAGGUAUUUUGGACGGAUAUCAUCAAGGAAGCCAUUUUCAGUGCCAAUCGCCUCACUGGCUCUGAUGUCAAUUUAAUGGCCGAAAACCUCUUGUCCCCAGAAGAUAUUGUCUUGUUCCACAAUAUCACACAGCCGAGAGGAGUAAACUGGUGUGAGAAGACAUCUCUCCCCAACGGUGGCUGCGAGUACCUGUGUCUACCCGCCCCUCAGAUCAACCCACACUCCCCAAAGUUCACCUGUGCCUGUCCGGAUGGCAUACUGCUGGCCCAGGACAUGAGGAGCUGCCUGCCAGAGGCUGAGCCUAUACCGAGCACCCAGAGGCCAACCACCACCAAACCUGCGGUCAGCACUACAACAGGGAUCCCGAGGCACCCAGACACCCCGCCACCUUCCAGCACUUCCUGGAGCCCCGCAACCACAGCUGCGCUCACCUAUGCACAGUCCUUCACCACGUCCUCUCAAGGUCAGGGCGAUGCUGCGGGCAGAGGGCUGGCGGAGCAGCGGCAGGGCGUGGGGGCCCUGUCCAUCGUGCUCCCCAUCGCCCUGCUCGUCCUCAUCUGCUUCGUGGCCUUCCUGGUGUGGAAGAACUGGCGCCUGAAGAAUAUAAACAGCAUCAACUUCGACAACCCCGUGUACCAGAAGACGACGGAGGAUGAGGUCCACAUCUGCCGGAGCCAGGACGGCUACACCUACCCCUCGAGACAGAUGGUCAGCCUGGAGGAAGACCUGGUGUGACCGGCGGCGGAGGCCUGGCCCUCCCUGGAACGUGGCGCCUCUCAUGGACAGGAUGCGUACUUUCUCCCCGGCGUGUUGCCCAGUGCCCGGCCUGAGUCCCGGCUUUCUUGAAUCCUUCAAAGACGCCGCGAGCCGCCUGUCUGCUGGAGCUGUUUUAUUUAUUAUUUUCCUUUUGCCUGAAAGGCAAAGCAGGCCGAGCGCCCGGCGGCCACCCUGCCAGGUUGCCUGCUGGGACUUGUGUCUUUCUUGCCUCACAAAAAGGAGCUAGGAUAUCUCGGCGAGUUUCUGGAAGAUUCGGCCCUUUCCUGCAUAGGAAACAGGGCAAUGUGAGCAGAGAGAAAGAGAGAGUGAGCUGGUGGCUUUGAACAUGUGACCCCUGUCCACCUGCCGCCGCCGCCACCUAAACUCAGACGUGCUUGUGUUUACCUCUUGCCCGGCGAGGCCCGCCGCGCAGUCACUUAGUCCCGGCCCUGUCACCCCCACCACCCAGCACAUCAGCCUCAGGUUGCAGAAAGCAGGGAAAUGACUGUGUGGCAUUGGGGGCCGGGGGGCCGCGGACUGAUUCCGGUUCAUUCAUUCGCCAAAACUUGUCAUCCUCCUCCUCCCCCCACUGCCCCAACCCACGGGAAGAGCCUGAGUCAUGGGUGGCCUUUAAUAUUUACAAAGUGCCUGAGAUCCCGGAACCUCGCUCCCUCCCUCCCGCCCUCCCUCCCGCCCUCUCCCCUUCCCGCUGCCCACCUCCCACCUCAGCUAGUUGCACUUUUUCUGUUUGGGCCUGGACACUGUGUAGAGUGGACCUGGUAUCCUGACCUUGCACUGUUUUCUGUCGAGCGUGGCUCAGGUACCCCAAUUUCCUUUUUUCCAUGUGUGGCUGCGUGUGUGUGUGUGUGUGUGUGUGUGUGUGUGUGCGUGUUUCCUGGCGUGCUGGGGGAACCCUGGGCCUCUUGCAUGCUUGGCAGGUGCCCUGCCCCCCGAGCCAUACCCCCAGCCCCUCUCCUCUGCCUUUCUUUCGUUGUUGUUUCUGGGGAGGGUGUGUGGGUGUGGGGUUUGAACUCAGGGCCUUGGACUUGCCAGACAGGCGCUCUCUCACUUGAGCCACACCCCUCUUGGCUCCCAUCCAUGUUGGACUAGGAUUUUGCAUUUGUGUCUCCUCCGCAUGACUGCGAUCCUCCUAUUUACGUUUCUUGUAUAGCUCGGUGCCAUGACACAGCACACACCCAGGUUUGUCGUGGUUGAAGUGGGGUCUUUGUACCUGGGCUGGAGCUUGGACCAUUCCUGAUCUGUGUCCCAAGUAGAUUGGCUUACAGGUGUAAGCUACUGCACUUUUGUGUGUGUGUAUGCCAGUCUUGGACUUGAACUCAGGCUUAGGCGC